AUGUCGGCCGCCGCCCGACUCCGUCGUCUCGAUGAAUCGGCAACCAUUACCGUAUUUGGAGAAGGUCCAUACGUUGGUAACGCAAACUGCGGCAUACCUUAUACGCUAAGCAGUGUCAUCAUAGACGACGUCUGGUUCUGCACACUCCGAAAUACUUCAAAGAGCGUUUUAACGUUGACGUUCAUCUUAACCCUGAAGUUCUUGAGAUUGGUCGUUCAAACGAGCAAGUCACAGUUCAGACCGGAGGAGGUAAACCUCGUCACUUUGAAUAUGACAAGCUUUUACUUUCCCAAGGCGCAGGCGCAAUCCGGCCUCGAAUUGAAUGAGAAGCCCAGAACCAUGUCGUCACCUUGCGGACGGUGUCAGACCAUGUAG